UUAAUCCGAAUGAAGUUGGUCACUCUAAUCGUGAAUGGUAGCCUAACAAAAUUGUGAAUGUGAAAAACUUGUAGAAUUUCUGCCGGAAAAAUUUCAGUAGACUUCGAGUUUUAAACUAAAAGAAAAGUGAUACACAUACUACCUUGCCUACCAAUUUCUGUUGAUUAAAUUUGUACUUUUUGAAGUCCUCGCUAUGGCGUCACAUCAGUACCAUCAAAUAGCAAAUUUGCUGGAAAAAAUGACAUCGACCGACAAGGAUUUUCGAUUCAUGGCGACAAAUGAUUUGAUGACCGAAUUACAAAAGGACAGCAUUAUUCUUGACGACGAAUCGGAGAAAAAGGUGGUGCGAAUGGUGCUGAAACUUCUAGAGGACAAGAACGGCGAGGUGCAGAACCUGGCGGUGAAGUGUCUGGGUCCCUUGGUCAACAAAGUAAAGGAGAUCCAGGUGGAGACGAUUGUUGACUCCCUUUGCGCCAAUAUGAUGUCCAACACAGAGCAGCUCCGCGACAUCUCGAGCAUUGGUCUUAAAACAGUUAUCGCUGAACUGCCUCAGUCCUCCAAUUCCCUAGCCCCCAACGUCUGUCAGCGGAUCACCGGCAAAUUGAGCACAGCUAUUGAGAAGGAGGACGUUUCUGUUAAACUCGAGUCGCUCGACAUUUUGGCGGAUCUGCUCUCGCGGUUCGGCGAGUUUCUGGUUCCGUUCCAUAGCACUAUUCUUAAAGCGUUGAUGCCCCAAUUGGCCUCCUCGCGUCAGGCUGUUCGCAAGCGCACUAUUGUCGCGCUCUCCUUCCUGUUGAUCCAGGCCAAUAGUAACGCUUACAAUGGCGUUAUUGAUCACAUGCUCGAUGGUCUGGAGAAUCCACCGAACCCUGCUGCCAUACGAACUUAUAUCCAGUGCUUGGCUUCGAUUUGCCGCCAGGCUGGCCAUCGCCUAUGCAACCACAUCGAUCGCUCCAUGCUCUUACUGAGCCAAUACAGUCAGCGCGAUGACGAUGAGCUGCGUGAAUUUUGUCUGCAAGCCUGUGAGGCUUUUGUUAUGCGCUGCCCUGAUGCCAUAAAUCCGCACAUUCCCAUGAUACUUGAGCUGUGCUUAAAGUACAUCACGUACGAUCCAAACUAUAACUAUGAGACCGAUGAUGGCGAUACUGGUUACGCCAUGGACACCGAAGAGGAUGAGUAUGUGGACAGCGAGGAGUAUAGUGACGACGACGACAUGAGCUGGAAGGUGCGUCGGGCUGCCGCAAAGUGCUUGGAGGUUCUGAUUGCUACACGUCAGGAACUUAUCGAGGACUUUUACCGCAGCUUGAGCCCGGCUCUAAUUGCUCGCUUUAAGGAGCGUGAGGAGAAUGUGAAGUCUGACAUAUUCCAUGCUUAUGUGGCACUGCUGAAGAACACUCGUGCGAGCGAUGAUGUGGCUAACGACCCUGAUUCUAUGGAUCAGGUGUCGGGACCGACGUCACUGCUAAUUGAACAGCUACCGUUAAUCGUUAAGGCUAUACAGCCGCUAAUGAGGGAAAAAUCGAUGAAAACGCGUCAAGACUGCUUCCUCUUGCUGCGCGAACUGUUGAAUUCACUGCCCGGCGCCCUGGGUCCCUACUUGGACAGCAUUGUACCCGGCAUUAGCUAUUCAUUGAAUGAUAAGAGCUCGACAAGCAACAUGAAAAUAGAGUCCCUAGGAUUCCUUUAUUCGUUGCUCCAGGGACAUCCUCCACAUGUAUUCCACCCACACAUACCGUCAUUGGUGCCCCUGGUGGUCGCCUCGGUGUUCGACCCCUUCUACAAAAUCGCCACUGAAGCCCUCUUGGUUCUUCAGCAGUUGGUUAAGGUUAUAAGACCGCUAGAAGGAAAUGCGGCUAAGUCUGACUUUGAUGCACCGUCCUUUGUGGGCGAAGUUUACUCGUGCACGCUGCAAAAACUGAAAGUUACUGAUGUAGACCAGGAGGUUAAGGAACGGGCCAUCGCCUGCAUGGGACAGAUUAUCGCCAACAUGGGCGACUUGUUGAAAAACGAACUACCUGUUUGCCUGCCCAUAUUUAUGGAGCGAUUGAAGAACGAGGUAACCCGGCUGAGCAGCGUAAAGGCUUUGACACUCAUCGCUGCCUCCUCGCUCCACAUUGAUCUUACUCCCAUUCUCCACGACGUGCUGCCGGCUUUGGGGACAUUCCUACGCAAGAACCAUCGUGCCCUGAAACUCCACUCGCUCGAUCUUAUUAAUAAAAUUGUCAUCAACUAUUCGAGCAACUUUGAGCCGAAUCUACUGCAGACAGCGAUUGUUGAAAUCCCACCUCUCAUCUCAGACUCGGAUUUGCACGUAGCUCAAUAUUCGCUUACUCUGCUCAGUACUGUGGCUCGUCGUCAGCCCCAAGCCCUUGUUGGAAUUCACGAGCAAUUCCUUCGAUCGGUGCUUAUUUUGGUGCGAUCGCCUUUGCUGCAGGGAACUGCAUUGAACUGCACCUUGGAGCUGUUCCAAGCUUUAGUACAAACCCAGCUGACAGGUUUGGAUUAUCAAUCGCUGGUCUCGAAGUUAAUGGGUCCAGUCUUAGCUGGCGGAGGCGAUGGUUCUUCUAGAGCCACAGGCGGUGCUCCCAGCGAGCAGGUGCAGCUGCACAAGCAGGCUUACCACUCGUCGGCCAAGUGCAUCGCUGCUCUCACCCAGCAGUGCCCUCAGGUGGCGACACCCUUGGCUACCAAGCUGAUUACUGAUCUACAGAAGCGAAAUGAUACGGAAAUCAUCUUCUGCCUGCUCACAAUUGGAGAGAUUGGCCGACACUUUGAUUUAAGCAGCAUUCAGGUCCUGCCCCAGACCAUUAUUGAAUGCUUUGGAGCCACCUCUGAGGAUGUGAAGGCAGCAGCGUCUCAUGCUCUUGGAGCUGUAUCCGUGGGCAGUCUACAGACCUAUCUGCCGCUGAUUCUAAAUGAGAUUGAGGUGCAGCCCAAGCGUCAAUACCUGCUUCUGCACUCCCUAAAAGAAGUGAUCUCAUCACUUUCCGUGUCACCGAGUGGACUUGCCCAACUUUUGCCUUCGGUUCCGUCUAUUUGGAGCCAGCUUUUUAAGCAUUGUGAAUGCUCGGAGGAGGGUUCACGCAACGUGGUGGCCGAAUGCUUGGGUAAACUUGUUCUGGUUAAUCCCGACGAGCUACUUCCGCAGCUCCAGCAAGCCUUGCGUUCCGAAAGCCCCACCAUGCGCACCGUGGUGGUGUCCUCCGUGAAGUUCACUAUCUCCGAUCAGCCUCAGCCCAUCGACGCAUUGCUCAAACAGAGCAUUGGCGAGUUCCUGUUCGCCCUGCGGGAUCCGGAGCCGCAGGUGCGACGUGUUGCCCUUGUUGCAUUUAAUUCGGCGGUGCAUAACAAGCCAAGCCUGGUGCGGGACUUGUUGCCCACCCUUUUGCCGUGGCUUUACUCUGAGACGAAGGUGAAGAGCGAGCUCAUUCGGGAGGUUGAGAUGGGACCGUUCAAGCAUACCGUCGACGACGGUCUGGACAUUCGCAAGGCAGCAUUUGAGUGCAUGUACACACUACUCGAGCAGGGCUUGGAUCGGGUGGAUGUCAUGCAAUUUUUGGACCAUGUCCAAGCCGGUCUCUGCGACCAUUACGACAUUAAAAUGUUGACCUAUCUGAUGACAGCGCGCUUGGCCGUGCUUUGCCCGGAUAAGGUUCUUUUAAGACUCGAUCAAUUUAUACAGCAACUACGUGAUACGUGCACACACAAAGUGAAGGCCAAUUCUGUAAAACAGGAGUACGAAAAGCAAGACGAACUGAAGCGUUCGGCCCUACGUGCUGUUUCUGCUCUUUCCCAAAUUCCCAAAGCAAACAAGAAUCCACAAUUAAUGGACUUCCUGAAGUCGAUCAAGGAGACCCCUGAGCUGAGCAAGAUCUAUGAUUACAUUCAGAAGGAUUCAGUUGCCGGCAGCUCAGACAUAAUUGUAAUGGAUCAAAGCUAAAAGCGGAAAUUUGUUUUCUUAUUCCUUUACUUAAUUAAGAAAUAUGCGUGUACGCACAAACAAGUAUCUCUUUUCUGAUAUAGCUUUUAGAUUUUCUAAUAAGAAAUAAAUGCAGAUCGACUUGAAGCA